AUGACGACGUUCAAGCACUCCUUCGGCGAAUUCUCAGCUACGAUACACGGCGCUGUCGUCUCCACACUUUUGGUGACGGGGAUGAUCAGCGCUUUACUCGCUGGUAUGCUGGCAGACCAGCUCGGACGAAUCGCCAUGAUAUCGACGGGAGCCGCCGUGUUCGGGCUCGGUGCGGCCAUCGAGUGCGGCGCAAUGCAUCUCGCCAUGUUCAUUGCUGGCCGCGCCGUCAAAGGCCUCGGGACCGGGUUGUUCGUCAGCACCGUUGCCGUCCAGGUCUGCGAGACCACCCCAGCAAAGACGCGGGGUUUCUGGGUUGCGUUUUCUCAGUUCACGAUCACGGUCGGCUUGGCGGUCGGGUACUUUCUGUGCUAUGGCACCGGCCGGAUUGCGGACUCUUCGGCGUCGUGGCGCGUUCCUCUGGCAGUCCAGUCGAUACUUGGUUUCGGGUUCGCAGCGACCACUCUUCUCGUACCGCCGUCGCCUCGGUGGCUGAUUGCCAAAGGACAAGUCGAUAAAGCUCGUUUAGUUGUCUCUCAGCUCGGGAUAAGCGAGGAAGAGCAACAGGAGAUGUUGUCCCAGAAGGGCGAGGCUUCGAUACAUUCCUCGAACUUGACCCUGAUACAAAACCUCAAAGAGACCUUCAGAGAGUUCCGAAAAGCGUUCUCUCCCGAAUACCGCUCCCGCACCGCGUUUGGCUGUUUCUUGAUGGUCGUACAACAAACCGCUGGAAUAGACGGAAUACUGUAUUAUGCUCCGCUCAUGUUCCGGCAAGCCGGGAUGGCCUCUGAGGAAGCAACUUUCCUCGCGUCUGGCGUCUCAGCGUUAGUAAUCAUGGCGGUGACAAUACCGGCCACCAUUUUUGCGGAUAGAUGGGGUCGACGGAGCUCCUUCUUGGUCGGCGGCGUAGGUAUCACAGUCAUCAUGUUCCUCAUGGGAUCGAUGUACGCGGCAGAUCAAGUGCGUGGCGACAGCGGUGCCGGACGAUGGGUUGUCAUCAUCUCGAUCUACUUGUUUGCCGUCGUAUUCAAUAUGACGUGGGCGAUCUGUGUCAGGGCUUUCCUGGUAGAAAGUCUGCCGCGAGAAACGAGAUCGAGUGGUGCAGCAUUGGGGCAGAGUGCGAACUGGCUCGCCAACUUCGUCGUGGCUCUCACAACUCCACCGUUUCUCGCCGCGUCGUCAUAUGGGCCAUAUUUCUUCUUUGGCGGCAGUACUAUUCUCGCUGUUGUGGUGGCUUGGAUAUGGAUGCCUGAAACGAAGAACCAGAGUCUGGAGGCGAUCGAGGCAGCAUACCUGGAGCGGAAAUCCGGAAACAAAGGAGAGAAGAACAGAUGGUCGAUCAGCAUACAAACACCAGACAUGUCUAGAAGAUCCAGUGUCAUCACCCCGGGGAAAGAGCACAAGAGUUGGCCAGGCGCAGCGACGCUGAAAGGCAAAGCGUGA